AUGCUGGGAAACGUUAGAGUCCGGCAUGUGGCGUGCGCGCUAGCGUGCCUCGUACUCGCCCUCUUAAUCGCCGGUUGCUAUCUCUCACGCGAGUAUGUUGGCUCGCUGUUGCCGCGAGUCAGUCUUUCCGUCGACUUCUCCGUGCUAGCGGCGCUGCUCAUCGGCGCGGCAGGCUCGCUCACCAUCAACUUUUUCAUCCAACGAACCUUCACUCUCGUAUUAAGCCGUACCUGCUUUCCUCUUAACUUCGUACCGUCCGCCACUCCCCAUCCCUCACACCCCCCUUUCGUCCUCCGCUUCACCCCCCUUCCCCUCUCCUCCCCGCCACCCUCCUCCCUCCCCAUUCCCGCUCUCUUCCUUCCGCCUUCCUACCCCAGGCUGGUGUAUUAUUGCUGCCGGUUCUGCCAGAUGCAGGCGUGGCGGAAGCACCGGCACGUCUGCGGCGCGGCGGCGGCGGCAGCGGCGCGCAUCCAGCGCACGCGCGCGCUGCUCACCCCCUCGCAGUGGCGCGCGCUGGGCGAAUUCGGGGACGCCGUGCGCGCACUCAUCCCCGCGCACCUGCUCGUCCCCACGCAACCGGACCUUGUCGCGGCCACGCUGCUGAAAAUAGCGGCGUACGUGCGCCAACGCCCGCACCUAGUGGCGCAACCCAUGGCGGACGCCGUGUGGGCGGCGGCGCUGAGCAUGCGCGGGGAGGGCGCAAGCCCGCGCCUGUACAUGGCGUGGGCGUGGGGGUUUCUGGAGGCCGCGGUUGAGUCCGGUUCCGUGGACGCGUUUCUCGCGGCGCUGCGGAUCGACGCGGCGGGCGGAGGCGCGGCGGACCUUCCGCGCGUGAAUCGGUGGAUGAAGCGCGGGCUGUGCCAGGCGCUGCUGAUGCUGAACAAGCGGCAGGAGGUGGGCGCGUUCUUCCGCCACGCCCCCCGCCAACAGCUCCUCUACUUUUAA